AUAAUCCAGCUACACCCUCAUUCCUAGUAGAUAAUUCAGCUACACAUUCAUUUCUAGUAGAUAAUCCAGCUACACCCUCAUUUCUAGUAGGUAAUCCAGCUACACCCUCAUUCCCAGUAGCUAACCCAGCUACACCCUCAUUUCUAGUAGGUAAUCCAGCUAAACCCUCAUUCCCAGUAGAUAACCCAGCUACAUCCUCAUUCCUAGUAGAUAAACCAGCUACAACCUUGUUCCCUGAAGAAAUUAUAGCUACAACACCAUUCCAAGAAGAAAAUCCAGCUACACUCUCAUUCCUGUUAAAUAAUCCAGCUGCACCCUCAUUCCCCACCUACAGGACAGAUGAGGGAAAGCCUUGGGUGUUACCAGUGGUACGGACUGUGGAGGCUCAGAUGGCCUGUGAUGCCACACUUAACCAUGAAUACCUUCCGGUGGCAGGCCUUACUGACUUCUCUGAGAGUGCAAUAAAGCUUCUUCUGGGUGGAGAAAACAAUGCCAUCACAGAUAACAGGGUUUUAGGUACACAAGCCUUAGGAGGAACUGGAGCAUUGAAACUGGCAGCUGAGUUUAUGCAUAGGCAUCUAGGCGUGGAUGUUGUGUACGUCUCUAACCCUACAUGGGGGAACCAUAUAGGCAUCUUCAGAGAUGCUGGUUUCUCAGAUAUCAGAAAAUACCAUUACUGGAAAGCAGACACCAAGUCGCUAGACUUCGAUGGUAUGAUCACAGAUUUGACAAAUGCUCCUGAACGAGCAUGCGUCGUCCUUCAUGGCUGUGCUCAUAACCCCACUGGAGUCGAUGCUACCCCAGAACAGUGGGUUAAGAUCGCCGAUGUCUGCCAGGAGAGGAAUUUGACCAUAGUCAUCGAUAUUGCCUAUCAAGGGUUUGCCACAGGAGACCUUGAUAGCGAUGCUUCAGCUGUUCGCUACAUGCAGAGUCGUGGAUUCGAAAUGUUCAUUGCACAGUCGUUCUCAAAGAACUUUGGUCUUUAUAACGAACGAGUUGGUAACCUUGUCACAAUCACCAAGUCAGAAGAAACAAAAAGGAAAGUCAAGUCCCAAAUGGACUUGAUUGUCCGUACCAUGUGGUCUAACCCACCUAAUCACGGGGCUCGUGUCGUGUGUUCUGUCCUCCAAAAUUCUGCAUGCUUAAACGAAUGGAAGGAAGAUGUGAAGAAAAUGGCUAGUCGUAUUUUGAUGAUGCGCGAGACUCUAUACCAGAAGUUGGUUGCCUUGGGAACACCAGGGUCUUGGACACACAUAACCACCCAACGUGGAAUGUUCAGCUACACUGGACUCACAGAGUCCCAGGUUGACGUCCUUCAAUCGAAGUACCGUAUCUACAUGCUGAAGUCUGGACGUAUCAAUAUGUGUGGUUUGACAUCAAGCAACAUUGAUUAUGUUGCUGAUGCAAUUCAUUCAGUCGUGUCUAAAGAUUCAUGCCAACAAGCAGCCCUAUAAACAUCACAAAGUUGGUUUUUCUAGACGAUAACAAUAUAUAAUAGUACUACCCCAGUCUGAUGUGUAUCAAUUAUUUUUAAUGCUUCAUAGAAUUUGAUGAUUAAUGUUCUAGAAUUCGGAAAUAUUACAUUAAUUUUGUUGUAGAAAAUUAUAGCAUCUUGUUACUGAUCGAAGUAUUUCAGCUUUGAAAAUUAUUUUUCGAGGAGAGAGGUGCUCACAGAUAUCAUAAUGUUUGAAUCAGGGCUAUUUGUUUUUUAAACGACCACCAUUUUACACUGCAGUGUAUAAUUAUUCAGAUACUGUUGUUUAAACCACACUUCAAUUUUUUUUUCAAUGGAAAUCACCCAUUCAUGUGAUUAUGACUCAGAUUGAUUUGAGUAAUAUGAUUAUGCUCCAAUAAUAAAAUGCACAUGUAUAAUUGGAGUCGAGUUCCAAUGGGGUGACGGCAAUUAGAUACGAUGAUAUGGAUUAUCAUAUUGGCCAAUUUAUCAUGUUUACUCAAGAUUUCGGAGAGAGGUUUGUAAGAGAAGAUUUUAUGUCAUAUGUGUCCAAGAAAAAUAAUAAAAUGCAAUAUGCAGAAACAACUUAAUUUGCAGUGGUGUGUCGUAGAUCUAGACACUUUCAUUCAGCAGUUGGUCUAAAGUCCUGUUUUUGACUUCCUUCAAUGGACUUCUUCAUUUAGGAAAUCAUUAUACAGCUGUGUUUGCCAAUCAGAAACAUGAUAAAAAAUGACAUCAUAUCUCUGUUAUAAGAAGGUAAGAUGAAAAAUAAAGGAUCAAAUACUUGUUUCAAACAAGAUUUAAAAAUGGAAGAUAUUGCCAGACUUCUGGUAGAUUAAUUCAUAAAGUUGUAGCAUUGAAGCAUGACUUAUGUAAUAAAGAGGUACUAAACAUUAUAUUAAGUCAUCUGUGAUCUGUUAUGUUCCAAUAGCUGUAAGAUAUUCAUGGAGCUUUUGUUAUAGAAUGGAUCAAAGGUCUGAAUGGUCGCCACAUCAUGACCACCAUUUUGGAUUCAGAUUCAGGUUCUGUAACAAAAGUUGUAUUUCAGUAUUAUUUUGUCAAGUUUGGGUUAAGUUUACAAUAAAAAUUGCUUAUACAAAGUGAAAAGUUCUUUCAUAAAUGCUGGCUUUCUCAGUGAAUUAUGGUAUCAGGAUUUUAAAAAUUGAAUAUAAUAUAUAUGUAGAUCUCGGAAUAAAAUAUUCUUUCUCCCCAGGGUAAAACUAUAGUCAAAGGGAGAUAAUUAGCAAAUAUAUCAUGUAUCAACAUAUUUAUAUCUGAAAGUACACUAUGUAUAGUGUAUUACAAUGAAUUUAUAAUUGAGAUUUAAAGGAAAUUUAUAUUGUGUUAUUUAAAAUCUAGCAUUGUAGAAGAGUAUUGGCUUGUAUUUAGGGAUAUAAUGAAGCCAUAGUUUGGAAUUCAAGAAAAUAUUAAAUGUAAUAAAGAGGCAGAAAGAGAAAUGGCAAAGCAGUGAUGAUAUAAGGGUUUUGUAUAUCCCAAGUGAUUCCAAGUAAUAUAUUUGAAUGGAAAACAAGUUGAAAGCUUUAAAAACUUAAUUGAAACAAACUUAAUGAUUUUGUAAGUACAAAGAAUGAUUUGAGAAUACAAAGUCUCAAGUUAAAGGGUAUCACCAUGUUGAGACUGCAUAUUUGCAAAUCACAGGGGAUUGCCAUGGAUAACAACUGAUCAUUUCUUGUUUAAUGCGUGAGAUUUUGACUUAGGAUCUGAUAUUGAUGAAUGAAAUUUGGAUUCUCUUGUUCAGUAGUUCUCUUAUAUUACAUGGGACCUCAAUUGUACAACAUUCUUACUGAAGGAGUCAACAAACCUUCUAUACUUCUAGGUGAAAAUCAAUAGUUGGUUCCCGUCAUAAUAGAUUUUUUUAGCAAUGGUUGUAUUUGCUUUGAACUGUGAACUUUAAAUAGAUGUGAACUGGACAUAUCUUUUUGAUCAUAUUGAUCAUUUCAUUCAUUUUCUUUAACCUGCAUGUUUGUUUCUAAUACAAUUGAAAGAGAUUUUUCAUCUAGAUGAUUUAGAAAAGCUAGGAUGUAUAAAAACUGAAGUUUGAUGUAUUGUAGACAUAUGAUAAAAAAUGUAAGGACACAUAUGUGUGUACAAAACCAUGGAAUGAAAUAAAGCCAGAUUGAAUAUAUACAGA